CAGUGAUGGAGAGUCUGCGCCUCUGCUUCCAUAAUUUCUUAUCCUACCAUCUCUCCAUCAUUGUUAAAAUUUUCCGGUGGUUAUUCUCCCCUUUACCUACCAUCAAACGCUUCCCUCUCUUCGUCCCUUUCAUCGACGCAUAUAUAUCCCUCUUAUUCCGAUUUUCCAACUUAUCACCAUGCACCCUCGAUCUAGACGACCAAACCACCAUCCAUUUCUGGGCUCCCAAUCACCGCCGUUACGACAAACCAAAUCUCGUCCUCAUCCACGGUUACGGUGGUGAUGCCAAAUGGCAAUUUAUGUACCAAGUCAAAUCACUGGCUCAAUCGUUCAACCUCUACAUUCCGGAUCUAUUAUUCUUCGGUAAAUCGUAUACGACUCGGAAGGAACGGACGGAGGAGUUUCAGGCGAAAUGCGUGGUGCAAGGGUUAAAGGAAUUGGGAGUGAGAAAUUGUUCGAUGUUUGCGAUUAGUUAUGGGGGAUUUGUUGGGUAUCGAAUGGCGGAGAUGAAUCCGGAAAUGGUGGAGAAAGUAGUGAUUUUGAGUAGUGGAGUGGGAUGCUCGAAAGAUCAGAAGGAAGAGCAGUUGAAAAAAAUUGGAAGAGAUCCGGUUGAAUUGCUAAUACCGGCGAAACCAGAGGAUCUGCAUGUGCUCGUAAACUUGUCAAUUUACAAGUAUAAUCCUUUCAAGUGGGCCCCUGAUUACUUUCUCCAAGAAUUCAUUGAUAUGAUAAGUAGGACUUACCUGAAGGAGAAGCAAGAGCUGGUGCACCACUUGAUGUCCAAUCAUACAGAUUGCAGAUUGCCCAUCCUAAAUCAGGAAACUCUGCUUAUUUGGGGUGACAAGGACAGAGUCUUCCCUCUUAUGUUCGGCUACCAGUUGCAAAGGCAUUUGGGGCCAAGAGCAAAGUUGGAAAUAAUAAAAAACACAGGACAUGCAGCAAACAUUGAGUCUCCUGAUUCUGUCAAUGCUUUGAUUAAAGCCUUUAUCUUGCCGCAAAGCAAAGACUUAAAUGGUUGAAACUGGAGUUAAUCUUGAUACUGCUAGGCUUAGCUGGGGGUUCUUGCUCCCUAUGUUACAUAUCUCUAUUACGUACGGUACUGUUUGUAAAUAAUGGGACUUUGAAGUAUUACGAAGUCUCCUAGAUGAUAUAAAACAAGUUAAUUUAAUGUA